GAUGGAGAAUUUCGUUUGAAAAGCCUCCCUAUAUGGCCAGAAACUGUCAGCCAGUAACGGUACUUUGACGACAAUAGUCAUGCGAGCACCUCCUAUACAAAUCACGCUAACUGCCUGUGUACUUGUGUUCCUUACCAUUGCUUUUGUACUCUUGCAACCGUCUAAACCUAACUUACACUGGCAAUCGCAAGAAGCUGCCAUACAUGCUGCUCAUGAACCCGACGUCGGUGGACAUGUGAUUAUGGGCAAGCUUGGCAAUGAGACAAUAAAAGCGGAGCUUGGUCGAUCAACGUGGAAGUUGCUACAUACGAUGACAGCGAGGUUUCCGUUAGAACCCACAUCAGAAGAGAGAACUGCGCUUAAACAAUGGAUCACAUUGCUAUCGAGAUUAUACCCAUGCGGCGAAUGCGCUGAACACUUUCAAGUUCUCUUAAAGCAAUACCCUCCACAAACAUCUUCAAGAGACGCUGCAUCACAAUGGGCGUGUGCGGUGCAUAACAAGGUCAAUGAACGGUUAGAAAAGCCAAUGUUCGAUUGCAGUCUGGUUGCUGACAUGUAUCAAUGUGGAUGCGACGAAGAAGAAGGGAGCGAAGAAGUUGGCUUGAUAUAAGCAUCCAUGCAUACAGUAUAUAGAUUUGUUAAUGUAAUAAAGAGGUGUCAUGGGCUCGGUCGAUAGGCUUAUUGACCUGUUUCCCAAUAUUUCAUGCUGCUGCACUCGAGGAAAUUUCUGGAGCCCGCCAGUCAUUUCCACUGACU